AUGUCUUCGUCCAGUGCCAACGCCUCUGCAACGCCCGCCGACGCCAAGCCUCGAGGCUGUUUCCAGUGCACCAAAAGGCGAAUCAUAUGCGACCUGGGCCAUCCGACGUGCGGAAAGUGUAUCAAGAAGGGCAUAGAAUGCUCAGGCCUAGGUCGCUUCCGCUUCAACGACGGCGUUGCCCGCCGCGGGAAACUCAAAGGCUGCCAGCUACCCACUUUGGACGCCCCCGCAGAUGCCGAUGCCUCGGUGCGACGGACGGGUCAAGCGCCACUGCGCAUUCGCUGGCAAGGCGAACGUCGGGAGCGGCCCGGCAACGUCUCAAAGCGGAAAGGGGCAGCAGCCACGAGCUCAAAUGCAAAACAGUCGGCUACAGCUGUCACUGAAAUAAUCCGGUUUGAUGCACAAGGGAUCCCACUCCGCUUCAACACUUGGACAGACCCAGGCCCACAUGGCAACAGGCAGGUGGCAGGCCGUAGAAAUGGCUUUGUCACCUUCCACAAUCCUUCUGUUCAGCCGUGGCUUGCGCCGCUGAGCCCUCAAGUCCGCAUGCUGUUCUCGCAUUUUUCCUCAGCCGUGGCCCCCGUCAUGGUAGUCCUCGACCGCGUGUCCAACGGCUACCGUGACUUCAUCCUGCCCAUGGCGUGCGAGGACGAGGUCCUGCGACGGGCGGUCGAGGUCGUGGCGGCGCAGCACCUAUGCCACGAGAAGCGCCCCGACCUCCAAGCGGCCGCGGAGGCCGGUCGCGCCGCCGUCAUCUCGAGACUGCGCCGGGACGCGCUGCAGGCGCCCCCAGAACGCGUCUUUAACGUGUACACGUGGGCCACGCUCAUCGUGCUCCUGGUUGGGGAGACAGUGACAGGAAGCUCGGAAUACGGCUACUUGGUUCAGAUGCUCAUGUGCCUCUCCAGGAAUAGCAACGCUGGCCCGGGACAUAGUGCGCAGCUGGGUGACUUUCUCAAGCAGCAAACACACAUGUUCGAAUUCCUCGCCCAACCACUCCUCGGUGAGGCCGCAGCAACCAGUAUGAUUGCCGACCCCCUCCAAUAUCUGGACUGGCUCUCGUACGAGCUUCCUUCGGGAUCGGAGGUCGAGGUUGCCAUCUCCAACACACGAGAAGCUUUCCUCGAAGCCUCCAAGCUCUACUUCAAUAGGAUGCGAUCGGAAGAGGACGUUCAAGAGUCGCUUCGGAACCUUCGCCGCCUCUUGGCAAAGAUACCUCACGACGCACCCUGCGCUCAUGCUCUCGUCUGGGUGUGCUUCCUCGGCGCGGUGGAGAGCACCGACGAGGAGAGCAGAAUCGACUUCACGGACCGCAUGGCCCGCGUCUACUCCAAGACAGGCUUCCGCAACAUUCCCGCCGCCAUCCAGUCCCUAGAGCAGAUAUGGGCACGCAAAGAUUCCAGCGGUCGGGUGACAGGCUUGCCGGAAGCGUCGCCUGUGCUUGUUAUGUGA